UCUCAGAUAUUUUCCUUCAGAAGCGGUUGCUGCAGCCAAAGCCUUGACACUGAGACAUGACCGACUGAAUGAUUUUACAUUUAACCUGUUAAAUUAAACAAAAAGCAAUCACAUUUCAUCGAUCUAAUACAAACAUAAGAAGACUCCAGCUCAGAUUUGUAUUCAUCAAGGCAUAUUCAGGAGGCAUACUCUUCUUCCCUUUCACAUAAGUGUGGUUUUCUGCCACUGAGCAUGUCAGUGGCUCUCCUGGUGCGAUAUGCCACGCUCAGCGGGUCCCGUGUCUGCAGCAGAGCUGCUUUCAACCUGACCAAUGCCCAUCAGGAAGACCCAAGACGGGCUCUACACACUCCAUCCUCUCCUCGGUUCAGCAAUUCUCGAUUUGAUCCAGACAGCAGUGGUCGUCCGACUACCUGGGACUCCUUCGGGAUCUGGGACAACCGCAUCGAUGAACCAAUCUUGCUUCCAUCGAGCAUCCGCUAUGGUAAACUUAUUCCCAAAGUUAACCUGUCCAGGGUGGGCAGCGCCUCGCAGAUCGGCCAGCGGAAAGAAAAUGAAGACCGCUAUCAGAUGUCACAAAUGACUGACAACAUCAUGUACUUUGCUGUUUUCGAUGGACACGGGGGUGCAGAGGCUGCUGAUUUCUGCCAUAAGAACAUGGAGAAGCAUAUCAAAGACAUCGCAGCGGAGGAAACUAACUUGGAGUUCGUUUUAACCAAAGCUUUUCUUGAGGUGGACAAAGCAUUAGCGAGGCAUCUUCACUUCAGUGCAGAUGCCUCUGUGUUGAGUGCAGGAACCACAGCCACGGUGGCUCUGCUAAGGGAUGGGAUCGAGCUGGUGGUGGGCAGCGUCGGGGACAGCCGUGCCAUGAUGUGCCGCAAAGGCAAGGCCGUCAAACUCACCGUGGAUCACACGCCUGAAAGGAAGGAUGAAAAAGAGAGGAUACGCAGGAGCGGAGGUUUCAUUACAUGGAAUAGUUUGGGUCAACCACACGUCAAUGGCAGACUGGCCAUGACCCGCAGCAUUGGGGAUUUCGACCUCAAAGCGACAGGCGUCAUCGCAGAACCAGAGACUAAGAGAAUUUCUUUGCAUCACGUCCAUGAUUCCUUCCUGGCUCUCACUACUGAUGGCAUCAACUUCAUCAUGAACAGUCAGGAGAUCUGUGAUGUCAUCAAUCAAUGUCAUGACCCCAAAGAGGCCGCACAACGCAUAUCUGAGCAGGCUCUUCAGUAUGGUUCUGAAGACAACAGCACUAUCAUCGUGGUGCCGUUCGGUGCCUGGGGCAAACACAAAAGCUCCGAAGUCAGCUUCUCCUUCAGCCGCAGCUUCGUCUCCAGUGGCCGCUUCGCCUGAACAAACAACAAAAAAGGAAGACACUGACUCGCAAAUCUAAACUGACCAAUGUGCAAUAUUCUCCUAAUCCAUCCUGUGAGGGUCACCGCCUCAAAAAUGACCAUUAGAGCCACAAUGUGGUUACAAACGUGACGAUGAAUGAUAUACCUGAGCCUAGAUGAGCAGAUCAAACUAUCAAUUCAUCUCUAAAACACAUCUUUCCCAAGGUUAAAGACUUGUCUUGUCUCAGAAAUCAUGCUUUUCACUUUUCGCUGCUUCUCUGCGGUGCUGAAAGUCAUUUGGUUACCGGUUUUCACAUUCACAGACAAUACUUGAGAAUAGUUUGCUUUGCCGAAGUGAAACCAAACUGAUCUCUGUACUGUAAGCAUAAAUUCUAAGCACUUUCAGAUUAUGGGAGGUCCGUAGCCUUCGUGACCCUUUGUGGUGUUAAAUGACAAACAGAAGCACACUUCGGGGGUACAUGGGCUUCUAUAUAGGCUCAUGUUCACUGAGUUGGACUGCUGUAUAUACUGUGUAUACUAAAGUAGAGCCUCCUUUCUUUGUGCAAGCACACAUUUCUAUAACUUUGUCUUCUGCUUGUAUUGUGAAGAGUCAUUCAUGCUCUAUUCCAGCAUUACAACCAGCAAUUCUAAACACCUACACUAAGAUAUAUUCUUAUCCAAGGACCAUUUCGCAAAGCCAUUCUCGUUUUUUCUGUGCCUUCCUCAUAAACAUCUGACGCUUUUGUGUCCCUCUUGUAAGGAACUUCUCGUUUCGGGUUCAUGACUCUAGUUUUAAACUGUGACUAGCGUGCAUAUUUAGUGUUCAUAGACAAAGUAUUUUUGUUUGGAAUGUACAGUUCGUUCCCUAUAACGCAUAGAGCAAAGUGCAGAUGUUUGUUUUGUUAUUUAUAUGAUGGGCAGUUAUUAAUGUAUAAAUGUUCUAUUUAAAUACGUCUUCUGAAGUCAAGAAAUGAACAUUUAAAGCAUUCUGCUUUACAUGAAAAGGCUUUUAAUGGAAAAGGCUUGUUUUGGUAGAGCCAUACACACGUGACCUCAUUAAGUCGCCAUCUCGCUUCAUGUUCUGGUGCUGUUUCUGCACUCCUUACAUCAUUUCCUCUUAGUUUUAAACUUAAAUUUUUUUUGUAUUAUUAGACUUUUACUUUUUACUUUUUUUUUGCUUUUGUUUUUUUUAAAUUGUUGUUUAACAAGACAACACAUCAAAGUAUACAAUACAACAUAGGAAAAAUUACAGAUUGUCUUAUUGUUCUUAUUUUCCCACUAUCCCCUAAAAAUAAAAUAAAUUAAAAAUAUGAAUUAUAAACAACCAGCCUCUGAAACAAAAAAAUAAAUAAAUGAAUAAUAAUAAGUUAAAACAUUUUUUUAAAGAAAUUCUUUAGAAAAAAGAUAAUAAUAAUAAAUGAGCAACUUUAUGAUAAGAACAAAAAAAUGAAAAGUUCACAAUAAGGAGUCAAUAUUUCCUCUUUCCAAUUAUUUACUGUUUUUAAACUUUUAACUGGAAUUUAUUUUCCUUUUAUUGUCUUCAUCUUGAAAGGGAUAGUUCACCCAAAAUAUUACAAUCCUGUCAUUUACUAAUCUUCCAAACUUGUAGGAUUUCUUCUGUAAAACACGAAUGAAGAUGUUUUAAAGAAUGUUGGAAAUUUGAUGGCCAUAGUAUUUGUGUUUCUGCACUGUAAAAAAAAAAAAAAAAAAAAAAAACCCGCUGGGUUCUGCACAAUUCCUGUCGUCCCAACACAAAUCGAUUAAGAUUUACUUACAAGUAUAAGUGGAUUAAACAUAAAACAAUUUUUUGAGUGAUGCUUUUUCCACUAGAUUUUACUCAACACAAAAGAGAAAUUUAUAGAACUUUAAUGUGAAUAAAUGGAGGGGAAAUCUUUAUUUUUGGGUGAACUAUCUUUUAGGUCCAAAUGUGGUAUGAUGGCGGGGAUCUUUUUUUUCUUUUUUUUUUUAAACUGUACUCUUAUUAUAUUUCUGUCUGUAUUAUAUUUCAGUGUUAACACAAUUGCAUGGAUCUCUAGAGCAAUCUGUCAAACAAGUGUUUCCUCUAUAUAUGGACCUAACUUUUGCUUUGUUGAUAUGCGGUUUAUUGUUAAAUGCAAUGCAGCUGUGAAUAAAGUUCCACCAGAAACAUC